ACGAGCUCUUCUUAUUGUGCGCUACAGCAACUCAUUAGAAGAAAGGAAAUUGAAAGAAGAAGCACUUUAGACAUAAUGUUGGACAUGAAGCCGAUUUAUUCUAUAUUUUGGUCAUUUUUAGUUUGUUUAAUGUUUACUGUAGUUAGCGGUCUCAACGCUAUUCCUCGUCAGCCGGUAUCAAAAGAAAAUUGUCAGCCAAUCCUGGAGUAUUAUGAUGAGGGAAUAGGCCGAUGUGCCAGAUGUAAGGCCGAGUACGACUACGCCAGUAACGCAAACGUCAGCAUAAUCAAGGCUUGUGAAGUCUUUGUCACCGCCUGCAUCACCCAUCACUGCCCUUCCCUCUGUGACCCAGAGAUUUCAACUCCAUCAAGGCCCACCGAUGUUCCCUCGACCCAGGCGGAGGCGGUGUCUGAGGGGCCGGCUGCCUCUGGCCAAAAUAUCACAAUUCCACAGUCCAAAGCAUGUAGUCGGGACGAAGUGUUGACUCACGGGCUGAUUUUCUCGGCAGGGUUUUUAGGGGGACUUGCGCUUGCACUUACAGCUGUAGCCGUGAUCAUCUUUUUGCGGAGAAAAAAAGCAAACGUGUGUGGUCCCAGGUGUCACAGACGCGGCCAUCAGCAGUGUCGUCCUCAUAUCGUAGCAGUCCCAACUGACCAUCAAGUCCCUCAAUCUCACGAGAUGACCACACCAAUGAUUCCAGUCACAGAGCAGACCACGCCCAUGAUGCCAGUCAAAGAGCAGACCACGCCCCUGGUGUCAGACACAGAGCAGACCACGCCCAUGAUGCCAGUCACAGAACAGAAUGAGUGACAAUGAUGAAUCCAGGUUACAAAAGGGGAGGGCCCGGCUGUGAUAGGGGCGGCUUCAGAAUGCUAAGCAACAUUCCAUAACCAUUUUGUCUUGUCAUAGCUUCGUCAGCUUGAAAAUCAUACUUUGAUCCAUAGAAAGCUGAAUAUAAGCUUUUGUUGUGUCUUCAUUUUUUCAAGCAAAGCUAUUCACGAACAAAAACUUUGUGAAAUGUUUUUAUUUCAUGUUGUCUGUGUUGCGGUGGUAUUUAAUGGCAGUGUAUAUUUUUAUUCGCAUGUUUUUUGUCAAGCUGUCCUAUUAUGGGCCAUCCAUUUGGUUCAUUUUCACAAGUCUAUGUAGACUUAU